UUCCUAAACCACAUAAGAAAGGUACACCACUACGGCCGAUUUUAAAUACAAUUCAUGCAGCAUCAAAACAAAUUUCUCAAUUCUUAGAUAAAUUACUUCGACCAUUAUUUGAUCGAUUUGUACGUCAAACAACGUUUGUAGAUGGUGCUGAUCUUCUUGAACAACUUCAAAAAUAUAUUCAAAAAGGUUAUUUUAAUUCAUCGACUCUUUUUAUUACAUUCGAUAUUACAAAUCUUUAUACAAUGUUACCACAAGAAGAAUCUUUAGCUAUACUUACUGAAUUUCUUCAUACACAUAAUUGUGAAAAAGUGAAUGGUCUUUCAAUUGAUACAAUUAUUGAAUUAGCUCGUAUUGUGCUUCAAGCAAACGCUUUUGUUUAUAAUAACAAAUUUUAUCGACAAAUUAUUGGUGGUGCUAUGGGAUCGGCAUUGACUUUAACAUUAGCAAAUAUCUUCAUGUGGAAAUGGGAAAGACAAACUAUUUUACCAAAAUUAUCUUCACAUGAAUUAUAUGGCCGAUAUAUUGAUGAUGUUUUCUUUACAUCGAACCAAUCUGAAGAAAAGGUGAAAGAAUUAUUAGAAACAGCUAAUAAUUUUCAUCCAAAUAUUAAAUUAGAAUAUAAGAUUGGAAAAAGUGUUCCAUUCCUUGAUGUUCUUAUUCAAAACAAUAAUGGUAUUUUCGCAUCAUCGCUCUAUCAUAAACCUUCAGCUGAACCAACUGUGUUAUCAUUUUUAUCAGAUCAUCCACGACAUGUCUUUCGAAAUGUCAUUCAAACUGCUCUCACUCGAGCUGUACGAUAUUCAUCAACAUUUGAAAUAUUUGAUAAUGAACGUCGAGCCAUUCGUUUAAUGUUCUUAUAUAACAGAUAUCCAUCCAAUUAUAUUAACCAAGAAUUUGAAAAAUUCUUUGCUGACUAUAUAACUUCAACUUCUUCGUCAAUUUUACCCAUGAUUACCGAUGAAAGUCAAUUCCUUGCAUUACGUCAAAAACUCUUAAAUCAACCAACAGCGAAGCAAACACAACUGGUCAUAAGUGCAACUACCGUACAGCUUACACAACAUACACAAAAUGUUACACAACCAAAUACAAAUACAAUGGAAGCAACUAUUCAACGAAACAAUGAAAAGUUCAAAAAUAACAUCUUUUUACAUGUAAAACAUGAGGGUCGACUGAAAGGUUUAGCUCGUGAAAUACAUAUGAUACAUGAUAGUCACUUCAAAAAUACCAGUCACGGAGACAUAAGAUUAGUUGUUGGUUGUCGAAAUAAUCCAAAUAUUGAAUUUGAACUUUCACGUAAACGACCAUCUUCAUCAGUAUUAAAAGAUCCAUUAGCAAAGAAACGAAAACCAAAUGAAUAUCAGCAAGCAAAAAUGAAAAAUAAAUUCAAUCAAAGUCAGCAAAAUCGUAAAGGUCAAAAUAAGAAAAAGAAAAAUCGUCAAUUACGAAUAAAAAAGAAACAGGUGUCUAGCAAAUUGCAAUUUCAAUUAGCAACUAUGGAUUCUAGUGAAUAUUUUCAAAAUGUAUCAACAUCACAAGUAUUACCAAAGAAAAAAAUAUUAAAUCCUAUGGAUAUGACAACUAGUUCUGAUCCAACAUUAUUAUUACCUGAUUAUUUAACAAUAUCAGAUAGUAAAUUUAAAGAUUUGUUUUUACAGUCAACAACAAAUAAUAUGAGUACUGAUGCACUUAUUGAAUUAUUAAACCAGACAGAAAUAUUAUUAUUUAUUCGUGAACUUACACAAUUGAGCAAUAAAUUUAAUUAUUCUCAAUUACAACAUGAACAAUGGUCUUACUAUUAUAAUCUUGGCAUGACCGAAGGUAUUUGGACCAACCGAGUAUCGAAAAAAAUGGCCGAAGCCAAUUCAAUGUGUUAUACAUAUGGUCGAUCCAAAAACUUAAUCAAACAACGUCUUGCAAAAUAUAAGCUACAAUGUGAAAAAAAUCAAGAGACUAUUAAUCAAUGUAUGAAACAAGCACCACUCAUUAUUGAUAUGCAAACUAUUACAACUAUGAUAAAUAAUUUAAUCAAUAAAGAUCAAUAUGAAUUACGAUUUGAACUUGACCGAAGAAAAACAAUGCUCCGACUAGAUGCUGAAGAACACAAACUUGUUGAACAAUUUUACCAAUUGAAGCCAAGACAAACAGAGAUCAACUCAGCAAAAAUUAUCUGGAAAGCUAUCAAUGAACAACAUAACAUAAUCGAUGAAAUUGUUAUAUUUAAGAAAUGGCUCGAAGUUCACGCACAAAUAUCAUCAUAUACAUUUGAAGAUGUUCAAUUACCAAAAAUAAAUCAUAUCUUUAUAUCACUAUUCUUUCAAGGUCAAACAUCAUCUGCCGAACAUAUUGCUGAACAAACAAUAGCUAAAGCCGAACAAAUGAUUUAUUAUUUAUAUUUUCGAUAUUAA